AUGGCGAUGGAACCGAGCGAGACUCAGAUUUUGAUAUUUGGUGGACAGCAGCAGAAGACGGGAGCGAUCCAACGGCCGACGGGUUGUUGUGCUGCGGGAGACCACAGUCUUCACGAAGCCGAGAAUGGCAGGAAUUGGAUUGCAUCAACUCUUCGGAAUGGCGACGGCGGGAAGACUCCUCAUCUAUCAGAGGCCCGAGGCCCGUAA